UUGAUUUGUCUGUCUCAUCCUCCUCUGGCCCAGCCUCAUUCUCUCAGUUCUUGGAAAGGCUAUGUUCAAGCCCUCCCUCAUCUCGUUCACCCCAGCCACUGACCCCAGUGACCUCUGGAAGGAUAGGCAGCAGCAGCAGUCACAGCCUGAGGAGCCAGAGGCCGCCCUGGAUGGGGCUACUGCCAGAGCUUUCUACGAGGCCCUCAUCGGGGAUGACAGCAGUGCCCUUGAGCCCAAGGCAUCUCAACCUGAGCCUGCACUGGAAAGAAAGAGGAAGAGAAGAACUAUGAGGGAGACAGCAGCAGAAACAGGGUCUGCAGGAGCACCGGAAAGACAUGGACAGUGGAGAUCCCCUGAGGCCGAGGACAAGAUGACCCAGCGGAUCCUGAGGGCAGCUCAGGAGGGAAACCUGGCAGAACUGCAAAAGCUGUUGGAACCCCAUGAGGCAAGGGGAGCUGGAGGGAAUAUCAACACCCGGGAUGCCUUCUGGUGGACUCCCCUGAUGUGUGCUGCCCGGGCGGGCCAGGAGGCUGCUGUGCGCUAUCUCCUGGGCCGUGGGGCUGCCUGGGUGGGUGUCUGUGAGCUGAGUGGCAGGGAUGCUGCUCAGCUGGCCGAAGAAGCUGGCUUCUCCGAGGUGGCUUGUGUGGUCAGAGAGAGCCAUGGAGAGACAAGGAGCCCAGAGAACUGGUCCCACACCUCUUCUCCCCAGUACUGUGAGACCUAUGAUGCCUAUUUCCAAGACUCCAACCACUGCACAUCUACUGCUCACCUGCUGUCAUUGUCUAAGGAUUGUCAGUCCCCCAACGUUGGCCUUGGGGUGCCCACCACCAGCCCAGGUUUCUAGCUGCUAUUGCGGGGAGGCUGGGAGCCAGAAAUGGGACUGGGACCCCGAGGUGAGGGCCGAGCCAACCCCAUCCCCACUGUCCUCAAGAGGGACCAGGAAAGAUUAGGCUACAGAUCACCACCCCAGCCCCGAGUCACACACUUCCCAGCUCGAGAUACCCGGGCUGUGGCCGGAAGGGUGAGAGGCCCUCGGGUGGCUACACUGAGCCGGAGGGAGGAGCGAAGGCAAGAGGAACAGGACAGAGCCUGGGAGCAGGAACUGAGAACAUAUAUGAACCUUGAAUACUGA